AUGACCUGGCUAAAGGAUCUUUUCCAUCGGAGCCCUGAAACAUCCAACGCGAAAAAUGAGGAGAAAGCAAACAAGCGCCGGAGCAAAGUACACAGCCAGAGGGUCCGCCAGCGGGAGAAAGAGCUGAACCGUCGAUCUGGAGAUAAGAGAUUCUUCUGGGGCUCUGUGGCGGUGGACACAACACAGAGCGUGGUUCGCAAGGAGACACGGGGCCCUUGA